AUGUCGAUGCAGCGGUACAUGCUGAGCGCCAGGCACCGCGAGUCUGACACGCCCGCGCCUCCCCCGCGUCCGCCCUCGAGGCCGCGCGGGGGGCGGCCUCUGAGCUCGGGGUCUGCCACCGGCCGGGCAACGCCCCGUGGCGGCGGUGAGGCCGUCCACGUGGUGGUGCGUGUGCGGCCGCCGUCCCCCAGUGAGUCCGCGCAGGAGCUGGUGGUCACGAUGGAUCCGUCCCGCGGAAUCGUCGUCGUCAAGGACAGGAUGGAGGGCCAGCGGAUGUUUUCCGUCGACAUGCCUGUCUGGUCUUGCGUGGGGAAGGCACUAGACGGCUCCACGCCGGUGACGCAGUCCGCCUUGUACGAGCGGGUUGGGCGACCGCUGCUCAGGCACGCGCUUGACGGCUUUAACAGCACCUUGGUGGCGUACGGCCAGACAGGGAGCGGGAAGACGUACACCAUGAUGGGCGAGGGCGGCGCAGCCGUGACGCAAGACGGCGAGGACGUGCUCAAUAGCAGUGAGGAGGGCAUCAUUCCGCGCCUCUGCCGGGACAUGUUUCAAGAGAUUCAAAGCCGCUCAUUCACCUCCGCUACCGGAGAGACCAUCAGCUGGGAGGUGCACGUCUCCUUUGUGGAGGUGUAUUGCGAGAAGAUCAGCGAUCUCUUGAACCGCAACACUCCCGUCACCCUCCGUGACGACGCCGUUGGAAACGAAACAUACUUCUCCCUCGCUGGCGCGCGCCGUGUGCAGGUGAAAAACACGCUGGAUAUUUUACAGGCCCUAGCACUUGGGAACAGCUGCAGGAGGACGGCUUCCACUUCCAUGAAUGAGCGCAGCAACCGCAGCCACGCCAUCUUUGUUGUGGAGCUGACGGAGAUUUUAUCCUUCACCGACCCUGACGGCGAGGUGGCGAGUGCGCUGAGUAAAAGCCUGGUCAUCCGCCUCGUUGACUUGGCCGGAAGCGAGCGCGUCGGCGAGUCCGGUGUCUCCGGGCAACAAUUCAGGGAAGGCGUGGACAUCAAUCUCUCUCUGUUCACCCUCGGCCUGGUGAUUGAGUCUCUCUCCGACCCCGGGAGGCGCAACAUCAAGCCCCCGUACCGCGAGAGCACGCUGACGAAGAUACUCAAGGACGCGUUUGGCGGCAACAGCAAGACGACAAUGAUAUGCACCGUAGCGCCCGCCAAGGCCCACCGCUCGGAGACGGUGCAGACGCUGCAAUAUGGCGCCAGGGCACGCCACGUCGUGAACAGGCCUCACGUCGAGGAGGACCCAUCCGCCAUCGAACUGCGCAAAGCGAACGAGGAGCUGUUGCGGUUGCGUUGCCAGCUUUCUGAGACUCAGCAGGGGAGUAGACAGUACCAGGACCUUGUGCAGCAGCUGGAGAGGGCCAACAAGCGACUGCGGCAGGAGCAGGGGUUGUCGCGACGCCGCAUGGCCCUUUUCGCAAAGAAGGAAGAGGAACUGGCGACGUACUUCCGCAAGAUGGAGGAGGAGCGGGGGCGGUACGACAGCAGGCUCCAGGAGUUGGCCGCUGAGGUGGAGCGUGCCAAGGUGAAGCAACAGGAGAAGGAGCGGCAGCUGCGCCAUGCGCACCGCAGGGCCGAGGAGCUGGCAGAAGGGCACCAGCGCGAAAUUCAGAGCCAGCGCGAGGCGAUGGAGAGACAAUUCAAAUGCCAGACCAAGAACAUGCUUCAGAAGCAGCAGGCGGCGGAGGAGCGCAUGCAGCAGCUUGGCGGCAUCUUGAGCAGGCGCGUGGACGAGCUCGUUGAGACCGUGGAGUCCUUGAAGAAGGGGUUGAAGCGGAAGGAGCGUCUCGCCGCCCAGCGUGAGAAGGGGCUGCGGGAGGAAACGGCCUGCCGCGAGAGGGAGUUAAGCAGGAGGCUGUUGGAGGCCAAAGUUCUGAUAGAGCGGCUCCAGGCAAAGAUUGCAGUCAAGGAAAGCGACCUGACGCGUCGCAGAGAGGCCUCGCAGGAUGAGGCGCAAGCACGCGAGCUCAAACUGCGUGAAAAACUGCGGAAGGCGGAGGUGCAGCUGCAGCUGCACGGCACGGACGCCAAGAAGCAGUGUGAGGAGAUGAGUGCCCUUUACGAGAAGGAGCUGGCCAUACAACGGCAAGAAGUGGAGCUACAGGAGAUGCAGCAGGAGUCGGAGGCACGUGCUGCCGAGCGGGAGACGCACAUUUCGCGCCGAGAAGAAGCGCUUGCUGAGCAAGUCAAGAAGGUGGAGAAGCCCGCGUUUUGUGACCGGCACUCCUCCCCACGCGUGCAGUCUGAACCGCAACUCGGCCAGGGUUCUGUCGAUUUGGGUGUAAAGAAGCUGCCUGUGGUGGAAGAAGAAGUUGAAGCGAGUGACAAGGGCAACGCCAAGACUGAAGGCGCGAGUCGGCGCCGCGCACAGCUAGAAAAGACUCUUGCUGAGCGGGAGGCGGCGCUGCGACUAAAAAAGGAGGCCCUGGACGCACGGGAGGGGGGGCUCCGCCGGCGACAGCCGCAAUGGGCAAAAGAGGCCACGGCGUUGGGCCCGCACGCAAGCGAAUCUGCCAUGGCGGGUGUUGCUUUAGAUGCCGAGGCGAGGAGUGAGGCGGCGACAAUGCUUGAGGCCGAGCUGAAGACCCGCCUUGCCAUGGUUGACGGCGACGCAGAAAACCUCGCGGCAUGCCUGCGACUGGGCGAGGAGGCACUGCGGCGCCGUGAGCUGUGGGGCGUGGACUACGCAGAGGGGCACGCGCGGGCCGCGCUGAAGAGGCACGAGGACGGCGAACUGGGCCUUAUCCAGCGACAGAUGCACCUCGAAGGGAAUGAAUUGAGGGUGUCCCGAUACGAGCGAAGCGUAGAACUCUUGCGGCAGAAACAUCUCCGUCAACACGCGACUUGGUCCAGUUGGGUACAGGAGUUCUUUUUUGCCAUGCAGCAACGGUCCCGUGCGAUGCUCGAAUCCUCGCGCACUGGUGAGUACGAGCUUCUGAGGCUCCUUGAGGGUGCCGCGCGUGCGUCACGCCUGGGCACGGCGCAGCCUGAGGCGUUGGCUCCGGCGGGGGGCAUCGAGGCACACGAGGCGGUUUCCCGUGCGGAGUUGCAGCGGCGUGAGGAAGCGCUUACCGCGGAGCAACGACGCCUGACGCAGCGCAUCCUUUCCUUUAAGCAGCUGCAGCAGCAGCGGGAGGAGGACUUCUACUGGAAGGAGGAGCAGGGAAAGGCGUACCUGCGUGAGCUGGAGGCGGCGGGCCGCGAACAAACGGCGGAGCACCGCCGGAUCGAGGCGGAACUCGCGGCGGCUCGCCAGCAGCUGCGCAGGCGAGAGUCGGUCCUCGAGGGCCACGUAAAGCGCACGCAGCACCUGCUGAAGGAGCGGCAGGCGGCAGGAGAAGCUAAUGACAUUAAUACCUGGGAGAGGACCGAGGGCGAGUACAUUGAUAAAAUGCAUGAGUUGUUGCAGGGCGAGCUGAUCCAGCACGGCGUCGCAGGCGAAGGCAGUCAGGCAGACGCCCAGAAUUUGCUGAAGCUAAAGGAAGCCGAACUUCGUGAGUUGGGGGCUCAAAUGCGCCGUUACAUUAAACAGCUUCAUGCGGAUGAGGAGCGAUGGCAAAACCGUGUCGCUGCCGAGGAGGAGCGGAUGCGCAUGUAUCUUCUAUCACUAGAGGAGGAUGAGUACAUGGACGUGCCGGGGGAGGCGCCGUUGGGGGAGGCGGCUUGCCAGCUUCUGCAGGAUACUGAGGAGCGGGAGCGCAACCUGCAGCGGAUCCAAGAGCAACGUGUACAGCAGCGGGCCGCCGACCUCGCACGCCGCCUUGAUGAGGCGGUCUGCACCGCGGUAGACGGCGAGCGGACGCUGUUGGACCAGGAGAGCGACCUGCGAGCACAGCUUGAAAAGAACGAGGAGGUGAAGCGACGUAUUCAGCACUACGAGCGCGAGCUUCAGCGGCAACGCCGCAACUACGCUGACCUGCAGAAGCUGCUGGGCGACCGUGAGAGGCUCCUGCUGCGCGAACAUGCGCAUCGGCUGAGCGGCAAGGACAGCGCAGCGCAGCUGGCCGACGACCUCCUCGGCGCGAAUAAGUUCCUCCAGUCGCAGCUAGAGGUCUGGAUUCGGAAGUACAACGUACUCAAGACGGACGAAAAGGUGGAGUGCGAGCGGUGCUCGUGGCAGAACACGCGUGACGCUGUGGUGUGCCGUUGCUGCGGCAACCCCCAGCUAGUUUAG